CGCCGACGCUGACUCGUCGACCAUCGUUCCGGUGAUCAUCGCGCCAGUUGCACCGAGCAGGACGACGGAAGCGAAAUGCCUCGUUGAUCUCGAAGAGUCGAUGUCGUCGACCGUCAGGCCGGCAGCUGCCAGAACCUUCUUCGACGCCGACUCGGGCCGGUGGCUGCCGAUGGUGGAGUCGGCGCCGCUGACCCAUGUCCUUGCCGGCCUGCUCGCUACCGACGAGCACGAGGCAGCGCCGUCGACGAUUCCCGAGCUGUUGCCGCCGUGG